UCCUCUUCCCUCCCGUCGCCAAUGGCGCCGGGAGGGGUCGGAGAGGGCAAUGGCCGUGGUCGGGCCCCGGAUGGCGUCUUCAGCUUGAGCCCUCGGCGUCCCCCGGAACUGCUGGAGGAGGUGGAGAAACUGCGGGAGGAGAAUGACACCCUCAAGAAUGAGAUAGAUGAGCUGAGAACUGAAAUGGAUGAGAUGAGGGACAGCUUUUUUGAAGAGGAUGCAUGCCAGUUACAGGAAAUGCGCCAUGAAUUGGAGAGGGCUAACAAAAAUUGUAGGAUUCUACAGUAUCGUCUUCGGAAGGCAGAGCGCAAAAGGCUUCGCUAUGCACAAACUGGAGAGAUUGAUGGAGAACUUCUUCGUAGUUUGGAGCAGGACUUGAAGGUUGCAAAAGAUGUUUCUGUAAGACUUCAUCAUGAGCUGGAAAAUGUGGAAGAAAAACGCACCACCACAGAAGAUGAAAAUGAAAAGUUACGACAGCAAUUAAUAGAAGUAGAAAUAACAAAGCAAGCUCUGCAAAAUGAACUUGAGAAAAUGAAAGAGCAGUCCAUGAAAAGAAGAGGAAGCAAAGACUUGCAGAAAUCAGAAAAAAAGCAGCAGACUCCCACUGAGGAGGAUAAUGAAGAUCUGAAAUGCCAGUUGCAGUUUGUCAAAGAAGAAGGAGCUCUAAUGAGGAAAAAGUUGGCCAAAAUAGACAAGGAAAAGGAUAGAUUUGAACAUGACCUACAAAAAUAUAGGUCGUUAUAUGGUGACUUAGAUAGUCCUUUACCAAAGGGGGAAGCUGGAGGCCCGCCUACCACAAGAGAAGCCGAACUGAAACUUCGUCUGAGGUUAGUAGAGGAAGAAGCCAAUAUCCUGGGAAGGAAAAUAGUGGAACUGGAAGUAGAAAACAGAGGGCUGAAGGCAGAACUUGAUGACUUAAGAGGAGAUGAUUUCUCAGGGGCAGCCAAUCCCCUAAUGGGGGAACAGAAUGAAUCUCUCUCAGAGUUACGGCAGCAUCUGCAGUUAGUUGAGGAUGAAACAGAACUAUUGAGAAGAAAUCUUGCUGAUGUAGAAGAGCAAAAUAAGCGCAUCACAGCAGAGUUGAACAAAUACAAAUACAAGACUCACGAUACUUCAAGGCAUCAUGACAGUGCCAAGACAGAGGCUUUGCAAGAAGAGCUCAAAGCCGCCCGCCUGCAGAUCAACGAACUCAGCGGUAAAGUUAUGCAACUUCAGUAUGAGAACAGAGUCCUGAUGUCCAACAUGCAGCGCUAUGAUCUGGCCUCACAUCUGGGGAUCCGAGGCAGCCCCAGGGACAGCGAUGCUGAAAGUGAUGCAGGGAAAAAAGAAAGCGAUGAUGAUUCACGUCCCCCCCAUCGCAAAAGAGAAGGGCCUAUUGGUGGGGAAAGUGACUCGGAGGAGGUCCGAAACAUCCGCUGCUUGACCCCUACGAGGUCCUUUUAUCCAACACCUACAGGAUGGCAAAAAAACUUCACGGACCGUCAGCAGAUGAAGGAUAUUCGCUGUGAGGCAGAACGCUUGGGCAAGACUAUAGACCGCCUGAUUUCAGACACAAGCACUAUCAUAACUGAAGCAAGAAUUUAUGUGGCCAAUGGAGAUCUGUUUGGACUUAUGGAUGAUGAGGAUGAUGGGAGUAGGAUACGGGAACACGAACUUCUUUAUCGGAUCAAUGCCCAGAUGAAGGCCUUUAGGAAAGAGCUCCAAGCUUUUAUCGACAGACUCGAAGUUCCAAAAUCUUCGGAUGAACGAAGUACAGACGAACCUUUGUCAGUGAGUCAGAUGUUCCAGCCUAUCAUUUUACUUAUUCUCAUCCUUGUCUUAUUUUCAUCCCUCUCUUAUGCAACAAUAUUUAAACUUGUUUUUCUUUUCACACUGUUUUUUGUGCUGUAG